AUUUACACAGACAUGAUGAAACAAGAUACGGCCAAGGUGGAUCAGGCUCAUGUGAAGGGUGAUGGACGAGAUACCAGUGGCGCAGGCAGUAGAGCUCCAGACUCACACCUGCCCAGUCACUCUCCACCCAUGUUGCUACCGCGCUACCGUACGUCCACUGGUCAACCAACGCCGUCUGGAUAUCAUUCAACUCCCACAGAGCACAUGCCGCCGCCUCACCAUGGUUAUCAGCAAGUUGAUCCGACUUCCCCUACGUCCGUCUACAACGCAAGGCGGCGGAAAGUUUUGAUCGCAUCGCAGCACGUUUCCAUGCACGAUCCAAACUACCGCAAACGAGUCGCAGUCGAGAUGCGUGCGAGCCACAUGAAUUGGCGUGACGAGUGUACGGGUCAAGAGCGCGAAAGCAAUCGACGGCGAAUCGAGUAUGCGUUGCGGUCGCAUGCGACGACCUACGACGAUCUUGUGCUGAUUGUGUCCGCCCUCGACGAAGAGCUGCUGCACAUUUCAAGUUGUACAAAGUUGCAGUACUUCGAUAGCGCGAUGGACUUUCAUCGCACCCUGGCCUCGUGGUGCACGAACCCGUCCAGCGAAGGCUAACGUGAUAACGACACCAUCCUACUACCUGGAUCCAAA